AUUUCCACGAGAGCACGGAACGGCUUAGCCGCAUGCGCACCGGUACACUUUACCGGUACUAUAGACCCAUUACAAUCGAGGCAGAGCUAGGAUCUAUUCAAGAAUAGUCAAACAAGUAUAGCUGCUAUAGCUGCGCAACGAAUUGUAUUUCCGCGGGGGCACGGCGGCAUGGACACGCUCAGCACAACAAUCGAUACCCACGUCGGGGCCGGCGCGAGAGCAUCAUCGACAUCGGAGCCCCAGAAACACCAAAGCGACUUCGACUCAGACUACACGACGCUCAAUACACACGCGCCGCAGUUCCAAGGACUGGCCUUCACCUCGCAACCUGAGGCACGCCUUGCAUCGGGCUCAACUACGCCCAACCAAACGACCUCCAGAUCAGGGGCAGUGGACGUUCCUAGAGCUCAAACCAAACCGCAAUCUGACUUGAACAGUGCUGCCGGGUCCUACCCUUCUCCCGAUUUGCUCUCGGCCUCUUGGGGCUCAGCCACGUCUGCCUCGUCUAAGACGCCUACUCGUCCAUCGAACGUCGUCGCAGAAGGCGCCUCGUCGUGGACAGACCCAAACGCAUCUCCCAGGCUUCGCCCGAAAGGCAGCUGGACUCACAUCUUCAGCCGGCCAGCUCUUCCUUCUUCAUCCCCGAGCAACGCUGGCACAGUCAAUUUGAGCGCUUCCUGCUUGGCGCCAACGACAGCGGGAGGCCUAUCUUCGGCAAGAGCUUCUGUGGAGAGCCUCGGCGCUAGCCAAGCUGCCGAAGCUACCUCUUCUCGCAAAGCACCAAGACACAGCAGUAGCUUCACACGCACUGUCAAAGACAUCGUUAGCGGGAGGCGUGGCUCCUUGCCCUACACCGGGCACAGUCAGCAGCAAGACGCGUCUCACGCGCCCUUGUCUGGAGCGUCGACGCCAAUCGUCACCAUCGACGACGUGGAUUUCGACCACGACGACGACCACGCGCAGCUCAGUCGAUCGGCCAGACAAGCGCAAAACAUAUCGCUUGGAAUGCAUGAAGGCGAUGGCGGGCAGCCUAGCUCCUCACAACCUCGAGGAGGCACCCAUUCAGACAUGCUCCAGGUAGAUAGCGCCGAACCUGCACUACAGGCCAGUGAUGCGCCCUCUUACUCGAUGGAUGAUAGCAGGAGCGAUGCUACAGCCACGGGUGCCUUAUCAGGGCAGGAGGGCACAGAACCGGUCGAAACGCUCAACGACAGCGCCGCUGCGCCCGACGUAGGUCCAGAGAAGUCAAAGAGUGCAGGCCCGCAGUCUGGGCGGCCACCGUUGGUCACACCCGAGGGCGGCACUAGCACAUCUUCCUCCUUGCUGCGACGCUUCUCUGGCGGCAUGCUGAGUGAAGAAGCUUUGCGCCCCUCGUCGUACUCUCUGCUCGGCGGACCACGCUCUGCCAAUCCUUCAGGUGGCAUCAGCGGAGCUCUGAUGCAAAUGAGCUCCAGCUUAGGUGCGCCGGGUGGGGGAGGCGCAGCUGCGAUACAAUACCCGCGCACUGCUGGCCCAUCGACUGGAGCCACCAGCUUCAAUAAUGUAAUGGCGCAAUAUGAUGUUCCCCGCUCCUCUAUCCUGUUGAAUCCCGGCCAGCGCAAAACAGUGGUGGACGACUGGCGGUGGGAGUCUGUCGGGGCAUCACCUCCUGCGAAUGACGAGACUCGACCUCCUCUGACAAUCAGGCGGGUGCCUGUUGUCGCGUCUGCUCGGGAGCGCCGAGAAGCCGCGCGCGAAGCAGCAAGGGCGCGGGAAAUUGCGCGAGAGAAGGAACGAGAGCGCCUGAGAGAGAAAGAGCGGGAGGCGGAAGAAAAGGUGUGGGGAAUCCCAAAGAAGGCGUUCUACAUGGGCUUGCCGGACCUAUCUUUCAAUGCGCAGGCCAGCAUGCUGGCGGGCUGGGGAAAUGGAAGCGGAACGACGGAUUUUCGUCCCAUUUCUCGAAUCAACCGGUCAAGACCCAACAGCGCCCAUGGUCGCUCGGGAAGCUACAGCUCCAUCACUUCGGAUGCAGCGAGGAGGGAGAGCUUGCAGAAGGACAGGGAAAGAGACCGCCGUGAGCGCGAGUUGGAGCGCUUGCGAAUCGAAGAAGAGCAAGACGCUGCCGAAGAGGAGCCAAUGGACCCAGAGGAGCUUGCAGCUUUGAACGCGAUCAUCAACACGCGUAGAAGUGCUGAGGCUGCCAUGGCCUUGGCAAGCGGGCAGCUCAGAUUCGGCUUACCGCUACGAGCACGAGCGCAGUCGACGCAUUCUACAGACUCUGCUGUGCUUCGAGAUUCCAGAGACGCCAGCGCUACUAUGGAUGUGGCCGACCAAAGCUCGCCAAAGCGACCCAGCAUAGCAGGCGGGCGCACCGACAGUCGAGAUUCUGUCCCAUCGCUUGCUUCAACGCAAGUCGAAGACGUUUCGAGCGUGUUUCAGCAUCGUCCAAGUCUCAGCAAGAGGCGGAGCACUUCGCAGUCAAGCAAAGGUCUAGGUCCACCGAAGAUCCGUUUUGCACCUCUGCCGCAUCCCUUCGGAAUGCUUCCGCCAUCAUUGGAGGAAGAUGUCGAGAAUGGAGGGGGAAGAAGAGGCUCCAAGGAUUCUUCGAGCGGCAAAAAACACGCGGCUGAUGGUGAAAGGGUCCUGCAGAACUUGGCGGCUAACGGCACACUGCCAAAGAUAGAUGGCAUGAGCAGCGCAGCCGAAGACAGUGACACAAGCCGCGCAAUGCGACGCUGCCGAUGCUCAACGCCCAACAAGCCGCUGAAGUACGCCGUCGACACGAAGAGGAAGUUGCUGCUCUAGGGGCUGAAGUCCUUGCAAAUAUUGCGCGAAACAAGGACAAGAGCAAGGGCGUAACUUCUCCGGCGCUUGACGACACGCGUCUUUCCAGUCAUCUCGCCAAUGCUCAGUCUC